CUGUUCUGGGUUCUGCGUCUGCUCGCUGAGGAAGCUGAACAGGCGGGAGGAGUCUCUUCCCUUGAUUGCAUAGGUCCCUGUUGGCAGAGGCUUUGAGUCCUAACCGCCACAGCUGACGGCUGCGAGGGAUUGAGACCAGAAAAUGAGUUGCACCAUUGAGAAGGCACUUGCUGAUGCUAAAGCCCUUGUUGAAAGAUUGAGAGACCACGACGAUGCAGCGGAAUCUUUGAUUGAGCAAACCACAGCUCUCAACAAGCGAGUAGAAGCUAUGAAGCAGUAUCAAGAAGAAAUUCAAGAACUUAAUGAAGUUGCAAGACAUCGGCCACGGUCCACAUUAGUUAUGGGAAUCCAGCAAGAAAACAGACAAAUCAGAGAAUUGCAACAAGAGAACAAAGAAUUACGUACAUCCCUGGAAGAACAUCAAUCUGCCUUGGAACUUAUAAUGAGCAAGUAUCGAGAGCAAAUGUUUAGAUUGCUAAUGGCUAGCAAAAAAGAUGAUCCAGGAAUAAUAAUGAAGUUAAAAGAGCAACACACUAAGAUUGACAUGGUGCAUCGUAACAGCUCCGAAGGAUUCUUCCUUGGUGCAUCUCGACACAUCCUUGAAGCACCUCAACAUGGACUGGAGAGGAGGCACUUGGAAGCAAAUCAGAAUGAAUUACAAGCACAUGUUGACCAGAUAACUGAAAUGGCAGCAGUAAUGAGGAAAGCCAUUGAAAUUGAUGAGCAACAGGGUUGCAAGGAACAGGAACGAAUAUUUCAACUUGAACAAGAAAAUAAAGGCUUGAGAGAGAUUCUUCAAAUAACUCGAGAAUCAUUUUUGAACCUUAGGAAAGAGGAUGUGUCAGAAAGUACCUCUUUGUCAGCAUUAGUAACCAGUAGUGACCUCAGUCUGAGGAAGAGCUGAAGAGCUUUUUAAGUCUGUGAACUUCUUACAAGGUUCCAGCACAUUCACUGGGACUGGCUUGUUAAGUGAAUGAAUUAACAGCAAAAUCCAUCUCAAGUUACCCUUUGUUUUGUUUUGUUUUUUUUCUAUAAUAUGUACAGUGCACUGGCAAGGACAUUUAAAAGAUAGCAAUGAGAAAAUACAUAGUUAGUGGUCAUAGACUUUAUUCCAAAAUAUAAUUGAAAAGUAGAAAUUAAGCCUUUGUUAAUUGGUGAACAAGGUUUUUGUAAUUUUUUGUAAUUUUUAUAAUUACAAAAUUUGAAUUACAAGAAUUUUGUAAUUCUCCCAAUUAAAUGUAAUUGGCAGAAUUAAAGAUUUUCACAGCAACUACUGAACCUAACAAGAGCUUUCAGCAGUGCUGUGGCUUUCGGUUGACAUUUAGAUAAACAUGAAUAUUCCCAACAAAUGUCUUGGAAUUCAUAAAAAAUAUCCCAAUUUUAAUAUACAGAUGUUGCCACAGUAUUGUGAAUGGAAAAAUCAUCAUACUAAAUUAUUUUCUUCCUAUUUGGUGAAAGUUAACAAAUAGCUUAUGUACCAUGAGACUUCAGCUUUAAUGAUUGCCUGUCUACCUUCUCAUUAAUUUAAAUUUUUGUCAAACAAAGUUCAGUUUAAAAGGCUGUUAGGAAUGUUUUAUAUGCACCAUAAAUAAAAGAGGUGAUUUAAUUUGAGCUCAUUUAUCGUCAUAAUGAGCUGACACUUGUCCAUGACUUGCUUAAGUACAUGAGAUAUCAUUUCAGGAAUGAAAGAGAAGGAAUACUACUUUCUAAGAAAGAAGAGCUUAUAAGAGACAUAUUUAGUAGGUUAAACUACUUCUUUGAAUAAUUUUGGCUCUAAAUCAGUAAUGAAGAUGAGAUUUUUCUCUUCUCUGGUUGAUCUUUAAGGAUAUUAUGUAGCUCAUUUAGCUAACAGUUGAAAUGUUUGAUACAGCAAGCUAGGUAUGGUAAUUUCACAGUAAAUUGGGAAUUGCUCUGCCUCAGAACCCUUUUUUUUUUAAAGUAAUUACUCUUAAGAGAUACAGAAACAGUAAAUUAAAAUAAAAAAAUUUUUUGCUAGGUCUAAAGCUCCAUCUGGUUUUCAUAAAUGUAAGCAAAAGAUAUUUCUUGUAACCUUUCAGUCAAAGGGUUGGGGAGUGCCAGGGGAGGAGGGGGAAAUCUGGAUUUAUAAGUAUUUGUUUUAUUUUUUACAAAAUGUAUGUCCAAUAUAUAAGUUUUUAAAAGCCACUAGAAAUAGAAAUGUGGGGACAUCAAUCAAAAUCUAAAAUUUUCAUAUUUUGUGAUGAUUAUAGAAAAAAAGGUAAGAAUGUCAAAUACUAUUAAAUAUACUGUACUCAUUUAUAUUGAAUAUAUAUUAAAAUAUGCAUGAUAGAACAUUCUACUUUGGAGUGUAUAAUUUGUUAAUAAUCACAUGGUAACUUUUAUGUAUAAUUUCAUAUAUGGUCAAAUUAAAAACUGCUUUUCACUUCAGAAUUUUUUUAUCUUAAGUUUGAAAUAGUUGAGGAGACUGACUGAAUAGAAAAUGGGCCCAAACAUUAAACAGAUUUAUUUUCUCAUUCAGAGGCCUUGAUUGGUAUUUUAUAAGCAAGUAAUAAAUUUUAUUUUUAAACUUCUCUAUUGGUUUUUGGGAAAGUAUCUUUUAAUUUGAUGGCGCAUUCAUAGAGUUUUUAUCCCAAGUCAGAAUUAAAAUAAGCUACACAAUUGAAAUUGAGUCUGAGGCAAUUUGUUGGGGCAGCUCUAUUAUAAAACAUUACUUGACAAAUAAUUAUUUUUAUAAACAAAUAGGUUGAAUUAAUUUAUUCUUGGUCUUCUUACUUGGAUAUUAUUUUAAGAACUUGGUGUUUAAAAACAUGUACUUUAUUAUAUAGCAACAGUGUUCUAUCCCAUACUUUUUUUUUUAAGCAGAACCCUUAAAUUUGUGUCUGAGACUAUGUACUGCUAGGAACCUAUUUUGUCAAUAAAGAUGAGUAAUUAAAAUUGG